AUGAAAACCAAUGAAAAUCACCGCGUCAUUGAUAUUUGGAAACUAGACACAGAAAGAUUAGCUUCAAUGCAGCUCAAAAUUUCACAAAACCCAAAACUACUAAGCAAAUCCGCAGGAAAAAGAUCUUGUACCAUCUUGAGAGUUCCACAAAGCCUGAUUGAAGCAAACGGAAAAGCAUACCAACCUCGUAUUGUUUCCAUAGGACCUUACCAUCGCGGACAACCUCGUCUCAACAUGAUCGAAGAACAUAAAUAUUCUUACCUUAAUUCUCUUCUCACAAGAACACAAUUACCCUUACAAGAGAUUCUAAAAGCCAUUGCGCCGUUAGAAACUGAAGCUAGAGAGUGUUACUCUGAAGCAAUUCAACUCGAUUCACAUGAAUUCGUUGAAAUGAUGCUACUUGAUGGUUGUUUCAUCGUUGAACUUUUUCGUAAAGUUGCAAGAUUAGUACCUUUUGAAGAUGGUGACCCAUUAGUUAACAUGCAAUGGAUUCUACCGUAUUUUUACAGGGAUUUUCUUAAGCUUGAAAAUCAAAUCCCUUUCUUUGUUCUUCAACGCUUGUUCGAAAUUUCAAAACCAUCCCAUGAAAACUCAACGUUUACACUUUCAAGUCUUGCUAUGGAAUUCUUCAACAACUCGUUACAAAGACCGGAAGAAGUAAUCGCGACGAUAUCAAAGCAAAACGAGGUACCAAAGCAUUUACUUGACUUGGUUCGUUCGAGUUUUAUUCCAAUUAGCGAAAAAGAAAAAGAACACAAGAGAAUAAAAACACCAACACAUGUAAUUCAUUGCGUCUCGAAGCUUCGUCACGCUGGGAUUAAGAUAAAUCCAGGGAAGAACAGCGAGAGAGAAAGCUUCUUGCAAGUGAAAUUCAAACACGGUGUGAUAGAAAUGCCGACAAUUACUAUGGACGAUUUCAUGACUUCGUUUUUACUUAACUGUGUUGCAUUUGAGCAAUGUUACAGUGGUUGUUCUAUGAAGUAUUUCACAACCUAUGUAACAUUAUUGGAUUGUUUGAUAAAUACUUAUAGGGAUGUUGAGUAUUUAUGCGAGAGGAACAUAAUUGAGAACCAUUUUGGAGCAGAAGGUGAAGUGGCACAUAUUUUUAAUAAUGCUGGAAAAGAUGUCGUGGUUGAUUUGGAUUUGAGUUAUUUGUCUGGUUUGUUCAAUGAGGUUCAUCAUUAUUAUCAAAAUAGUUGGAAUGUUACAUGGGCUAGUUUUAAGUACACUUAUUUUAAUACACCUUGGUCUUUUAUCUCUGCUUUUGCUGCAUUAGUGUUGUUGAUUCUCACUAUUGCUCAGACUUAUUUUGCAGCUUAUCAGUAUUUUGAUAACUAA